AUCUAUCGGUGUCUCCGUGUUCGUCCGUCCGCCCCGAGCGCGCGGCCACGCCAGGCGGGAUCAUGGGCUGGGGAGCCGGAGGGAGCUGCACCCCGCGCCCACCCAUCCGCCCGCAGACGGCGCAGGAGACGCGCGUGAUCACCGUGGUGUUCCUCGGCCUCCUGCUGGACCUUCUGGCCUUCACUCUGCUGCUGCCCCUGCUGCCAGGGCUGCUGGAGAGCCACGGCCGCGCCCACGACCCCCUCUAUGGCAUGUGGCAGCGGGGUGUGGACUGGUUUGCCGCUGCGAUCAGGAUGCCGGCAGAGAAGCGGUACAACAGCGUCCUCUUCGGAGGUCUCAUUGGCUCGGUCUUUUCCUUCCUGCAGUUCCUCUUGGCUCCACUCACGGGGGCGAUCUCGGACUGUCUGGGGAGGCGCCUGGUGAUGCUGCUGUCCCUGGUAGGUCUGGCCACCUCAUACGCAGUGUGGGCUGCCUCGAGGAGUUUCGCGGCCUUCCUGGCCUCCAGGGUGAUUGGGGGCAUCAGCAAGGGGAACGUCAGCCUCUCCACGGCCAUCAUAGCUGACCUGGGCUCACCUUCCGCCCGCAGCCGAGGCAUGGCAGUCAUCGGGGUGGCCUUCUCACUGGGCUUCACCCUGGGCCCCAUGCUGGGUGCCUCCCUGCCCACGGAGACAGUACCCUGGCUGGCCCUGCUCUUCGCUGCCUCCAACCUGCUGUUCAUUUUCUGUUUUCUGCCAGAGACUCUGCCCCCAGAGAAGCGGGCACCCUCCAUCACCCCUGGGUUCCGAGCUGCUGCAGAUCUGCUCAGCCCCCUGGCCCUGCUCCGUUUCUCGGCCGUGGCCCAAGGCCAGGACCCACCAGCUGGAGACAGACUUGAGAGCCUCCGCCGCCUGGGCCUGGUGUACUUCCUCUACCUCUUCCUGUUCUCCGGCCUGGAGUACACGCUCAGCUUCCUUGCCCACCAGCGCUUCCAGUUCAGCAGCCUCCAGCAGGGAAAGAUGUUUUUCUUCAUCGGCCUCACCAUGGCCGCCGUGCAGGGUGCCUACGCACGGAGGAUCAGCCCUGGUGGGGAGAUUGCAGCUGUGAAGCGGGCCAUCUUGCUGCUCGUGCCGGCCUUCCUCCUCAUCGGCUGGGGGCUCACGCUGCCCAUGCUGGGCUUGGGGCUGCUGCUGUACUCCUUCGCUGCCGCGGUCGUGGUGCCCUGCCUGUCCUCUGUGGUUGCCAACUAUGGCUCAUCUGGGCAGAAAGGCACAAUCAUGGGUACCCUAAGGAGCCUGGGCGCCCUGGCCAGGGCAGUGGGACCUAUGGUGGCUGCCUCAGUAUACUGGCUGGCAGGGGCCCAGGUCUGCUUCACCGUGUGUUCCGGCCUCUUCCUGCUCCCCUUCCUGCUCCUGUGGAAUCUGAGGCCUCCAGCCCACGCUCUCAAGGCUGAGUAGCUGAGCCAGCCCCGACCUGCGCUGGGGCAGGGGAGGCCUGGGCCAGGGACCUCCUUCCCCCUGGGCCCAACCCAGGACAGCCCAGGGCCUGCAGCCCCAGAGGGCCCAACACUCUCCUGGCUCCUCCCUAGGUGUUGCUGGCCCUGCCUGUCCCGCUGGGAGCAUGACUCCAAAACCUUCCAGGCUUUCUCUUGGCCUCUCUUUCAGCAGCACAGUGUCAGCCAGGCCUCUGAAUGUCAAAAUAAAGCAGCUGUUUCAGA